CACGUGGAGGUGUUAUGGAGAUAUACUGUGCCUGGAGGCUGAAAAGAAGGACAUUAGUGCUUCAUCGUUUCGACCAGGUCCAAUUUGAAGAGGAAGGAGCGGCCCCGGCCCAUGGCAAGGCUCGGUGCACGGGCCUCUUGAAGCAAAGCUCGUCACGAACGUCCCUCUUCCAUCCCUCUAUCAUCACCGGACAGAAUAAAUCUCACAAUGGACAGCCAACAAGACAUCAAGCUCCCUCGAGUCGCAAUAACCUUCUGCACACAGUGUAGAUGGAUGCUAAGAGCAGCAUACUACGCGCAGGAACUCCUCUCCACCUUCGGCACAGAGAUUGGGGAAAUCGCGCUGCUGCCGUCCACGGGCGGGAUAUUCACCAUCUAUCUCACAUACCAGGACGCGAGCUCCACGACUCAAUCGGUGGCGAUUUGGGAUCGAAAGACAGAUGGAGGCUUUCCGGAGACUAAAGUCCUGAAGCAAAAGAUCCGCGACUUCAUCCAACCAGAGAAGAAUCUGGGCCACUCGGACACAGCAUCACGCAAGGCCGCUUCGGACGCCGCCCAAAAGAAAACUGAAGCGAAAGACGUCGCUGAGCCCGAGAAGAAGACCGCAGACGACUGUCAGGAUUGCCAAUGAGGCACGCCGACUGCAGACUGAGAGUCGUUCGAUAGGCCCAAUAUCAGAUUGAACCUAUGCGUGAAGUCGAUUCAACUAAGAG